GGGCAAAGAGAAUUGUUACGUUCUUCGGGGCUUUUUGGGUUUGUUACUUCUCUUUUCAAGCCUGGGUUGGUCGCCAUCUUGGUGUGGCUUAAUUAGUGCGGAAACAGGGGCUGGUGAGACAACGGAGACUGAGGGCAAGAACUGAGAAACUGCUCACUUGGUUGUGCAAUGGAAAAUGCAAGUGAAGGUAAUGCUUCUUCCAGAGAGGGACUUCUGCUUAGAAUGGGCCUCAAUGAUAACAAAGCUGGAAUGCAAGGCCUGGAUAAGGAGAAGAUCAACAAAAUCAUAAUGGAAGCUUCCAAGGGUUCUAAAUUUUAUGACAAUGAGCUUAAGAAAGAUCAACAAGUUAAUGAGAGAAUUGAAAAAAUGCUGAAACUAAAAAAUAAAAUAACUGAUCAACAGCUUAUGAAAGCACAAUUACAGAUGGAUAAGCUUGCAAUGAAACUGGAUCAGAGUCGUGAUCUUAGCUGUACUAUUGUACACAUUGACAUGGAUGCCUUUUACGCAGCUGUAGAAAUAAGAGACAAUCCUGAAUUGAGAGACAAACCCAUAGCAGUGGGAUCAAUGAGUAUGCUGUCCACCUCAAAUUAUCAUGCUAGAAGAUUUGGGGUACGUGCAGCCAUGCCUGGGUUUAUUGCCAAGAAACUCUGUCCACAUCUUACUAUAGUGCCAUUAAACUUUAAGAAAUAUGAAGAAGUAAGUAAAGAGGUUAGGGACAUACUUGCUGAAUAUGAUCCUCACUUUAUGCCCAUGGGCCUUGAUGAAGCCUACUUGAACAUAACUGACUACUUGGAAGAAAGAAAGAACUGGCAUGAAGACAAAAUAAGGCAUUUCAUAAAAACAUGCAACUUUGCUUUAAAUGGCAAACAGAAUAUAACAACACCUGAUGAACCAAAAUUGAGUGAAGAUGCACAUGCCUGUUCACCAAUCUUGUUUGAUUAUGAUACUCUGAUGUAUAAGAAGACUAUUGACUCUUCUCUGCUGCAUUUAGAAGAAAAGCCAUCAACAACUCAAAUAAAACCAGUUGUCUUUGGAAUAUCAGCCGAGGAAGUUGUAAAGGAAAUUCGCUUUAGGAUUGAACAAAAAACAAGGCUUACUGCUAGUGCUGGUAUUGCUCCAAAUAUGAUGUUAGCAAAAAUGUGCAGUAAUAAAAAUAAACCUAAUGGUCAGUACAGAAUCCCCCCAGAAAGAGAAGCUGUGAUGAACUUCAUCAAAGAUUUAGCCAUUAGAACGGUGCCUGGUAUAGGAAAAGUAACAGAGAAAAUGCUUAAAGCUCUAGGAAUUGUGUCUUGUACAGAACUUUACCAGCAGAGGGCACUUAUUUCUCUUCUCUUCUCUGAAACAUCUUGGCAUAAUUUCCUGGAAAUCUCACUUGGUUUGGGUUCCACUCAUUUGGAAAGGGAUGGAGAAAGAAAAAGUAUGAGUACUGAAAGGACAUUUAAUGAAAUAAGUGCACCAGAACAAUACAGGUUGUGUCAAGAACUUUGCAGUGACCUUGCUCAGGAUUUGAAAAAGAAAGAACUUAAAGCUAGAACUGUUACUUUAAAGUUGAAGAAUGUAAACUUCGAAGUAAAGACAAGAGCUUCUACAGUACUGUCUGCUGUUUCUACUCAAGAAGAAAUAUUUGCUGUUGCUAAAGACUUGUUAAGGUUAGAAAUGGAGGCUGUGGCCCCACAACCUUUGCGCCUAAGACUGAUGGGUAUACGAGUAUCAAGUUUUCUAAAUGAAGAAGAAAAGAAAUACCAACAAAAAAGCAUUGUUAAUUUCCUAGAGCCUGGAAAACCAGUCAGUGUUACUAGGCUUUUUUCUAGGAAAUUGGUUGAGGAACAUGUUCCAAAUGCUUCUGAGAGUGUGAGUUUUUUCAGUAAAAAGAGAGCUACAAGAGAGCAAACUAAUCAAGGAACUUCUUUAAAUAAGUCUUCAAACAAGCAGAAUCUGCAAGAUAUGAAAUCAUCAGUGACAUCAGUUGAACAAAUAGAGGAUAGUGAUGACCAUCAGAUCUUCAUUUGUCCUGUUUGCUUUGAAGAGCAUCAAGAUAGCACUUUAGAGGCAUUUAACAGGCAUAUUGACAGAUGUCUCAGCAAAUCAUGGGAGAAUACAACAGAUUUAUCUGUAGACAGUGAAAAGAAAGAAUGUCAAAGAAAUAAAACAAGUAAGCCACAGGUUGAAAUGCAGUCAACAGAUAUCAUUGGAAACACUACCAAUAGUAACACAGGGACUUUUUCUAGGCUACAAGAUAAUGAACCCAGUAGGGAGAGUGGAUAUAGCUUUUCUAGUAACUUUGUCUUUGAUAUGUGUGCAAAACAGGAUUUUUCUUCUAAUGUCUUACCAGUGGAAAAAGAAUAUUCUGAAGAGCCCAGUUGUUCAGAUAACAAGUUGCCAUGUUUUUCUAGUGCUACUGAAAACAAAGUUUUAGUUUGUCCAGUCUGUAACUUGGAACAAACAAAGGACCUUGCGUUGUUUAACAGGCAUGUGGAUGUUUGUUUGAACAAAGGCAUUAUCAAGAAGAUGACAGAAAAUUCAAAAAGCAUGGGAACCCUGGACAGAGGACAGCAUGGCACAAAUUCCACAGUGGGAACAAAACGGUGUGGAACAAUGAUUCCUCAUUCAAAAUCCAAAAAAGUCAAGUCAAAUGAUUCUAAGUGCACUAUAGAAACAUUUUUCAAAUGAAUACUAUAUAUUUUAAGGAAGACAUUUUUGACUGUGUUAUGGUACAAUACUUGGAGUAUAAAAUAUGUUGAUCAGGCUUUAUCCAAUAUUUAAAUUUGUAUAUAAACUUUAUAGACACUUUUGCAUUCUCGAAAUCACUAUUUUACUCUCAUAGUUGCCUUACAAUAACUUUUCAUAUUUUGACUUCUUUAAAAGUCAUGUGCUCUCAUUAGGACAUGGUGCUGAUGGUGGUCAUUUUCAUAGCUCUUUGAUAUAAAAAAAAAUGAGGGAUUGAGCUUUCAGUUGGUAACAAGUCUUCAUAAAUUGUAUGUUGUUAUAGUUGGGCUCUUGUUGAUAAUUGGGGCAAUAUGGCCAAGAUGUAAGACUUUGUCCACAUUCUACUGUGCUAUACAAAAAGUUUAUUGGAGAAAAUGAUGUAAUCAUAGUAUAUUUAGCAUUUAAACACUUUAUGCAAUCAUUUUAUUUAAGACAUUUAUAUAUUGCUUAAUCAUUUGCAUUUCUAAGUGGUAUACAUAAACAUUAGAUAUUAUCUACAGACAUACGAUAAAAUCCUAGCUACUGUUAAACAGGAGAUCUGCUCUCUGUCCAUACAUAGGUAAUCAGAAUUUCAUGUACUAUCUAGACUAUAAUAAAUUAAUAUAGGCCAGCUAAGUUAUCUUAAUGUUAAUUGUGUAUCUUUGGCAUCUAGCAUUAUUUUAAUAUUAGUCUUGUCUCAUUUGAAGUAGAAAAGUUGUAUUUUUAAAAACUUGUUCACACUUUUUAAAAUCUUGUCAACUUCCCAGAGCCUUUGGUGGACAGAUCUAAAUUGUACUGCCUGAACCUUUUCUGUUCUGUGGCUUUGUAGAAACUGUUUUCAGUGCAAUUGUCCAAAUGCAGGCCCUUCCUUCUCAGAAUUGUUGAUUUUACUUUAAGGAGGCAAUUCACUUAGUGAAGUCAACUGCACUAAUUCAGGAAGACUAGGGCAGUGUAACUGAUUCAUUGUAAGAAAAACAGGGUAGGAAAUUGUAUCAUGAAAUAAAUCCUACCUGUGUAUCUAAUUUUCAAAUAAGUAAUCUCAUAAAGGUAAAGUAAGUGACCCUUGCCUCUUAAACGAAGGAAUUUUACCAAUUAUAUUUUAAAGAUUAUGAAGAAAACCAUGUUUAUUUAAAUUUUACAAAUGUAAAGAUUAUAUAUUUAAGUUUAUAUAAAUUGUAUAUUUUAUUUAUUUAUUUAUUUAUUGAAUUUAUUAGUCGCCCAUCUGGAUGGUUAUCCAGCCACUCUGGGCGACGUACAAAAUAGACAUACAAAUACAUGAGACGUUAAAAAUCUGAAAACAAUGAUAAUAAAAUCUAGCCCACCCCAAAAGCCUGCCUGAAGAGCCAGGUCUUCAAGGCCCGGCGGAAGCUCAUCAUAGAAGGGGCAUGGCGGAGAUCAUUUGGGAGGGCGUUCCACAGGGUGGGGGCCACAAUUGAAAAAGCCCUCUCCUAGUCCUCACCAGUGUGGCUAUUUUGACUGAUGGGAUGGAGAGAAGGUCUUUUGAGGCUGAUACUGUGUUUUGAAAUAAUUUUAUUCAUAAUAUAUUCACAAUGUAAUAUAUUUUCCUACAUAAUUAUAAUAUAAAAUAUAUUUUCCAAAAUAAUUUGGUCAGUCUUAUCAAUUUUAUCAUUAAGUUGCUACUUUUGCUGUAAGUUGCUACUUUUGCUGUAAUGGAAAAUAAACUGAAGCUUUGUAAAAUAUAUGUUCACUAUUAAAACCAUACUUUUAACUUCUGUGCUUUAGCAGUAAAAAGACUGAUUUCAGGUUCUCUAGUUCUACAUGCCCAGUCUGUGCCUUAAUCUUAAAAGUCCAGACCUAUUGUAUAGAUUUAGUCAUAGUGAUGCACACUGUUGUGAUGCCAACUGUUGUGAAAUUAUCCAUUAUUUAAUAGUUGGGAAAAGAUCUGUCUUCCCCUUCCAAAAAAUAAAGAGAUAGUUGGAAUACAGUUGGAAAUUCCCAGGUCAAUCAAACUGCCCCAUCCUAUAAAAUUAACUUGGCAUGUUAUAGCUUAGUUACCCAGCAAGUGGGG